AUGAGCUGCGCAGUGGCUGAGGCCACUCGCCCACUGUGGCGGGUGUGCACGAAUGCCCGGCGGCCCCAUUCAGCUUGUGGAAGGAAGAUGAGUGUCAGAUUUCAGAGUUCAGGAAUGACCUUGGACAAUAUCAACUGGGCAGCUGUGGAUCGAAUAAUCCGAGUGGAUCACGCAGGCGAAUAUGGAGCCAACCGCAUCUAUGCAGGGCAGAUGGCCGUCCUGGGCCGGACAAGCGUCGGGCCGAUCAUCCAGAAAAUGUGGGAUCAAGAAAAGGACCAUUUGAAGAAGUUCAGUGAAUUGAUGAUUAAAUUCAGGGCUCGACCGACAGUUCUGAUGCCCUUGUGGAACGUGAUGGGAUUUGCCCUGGGAGCUGGGACGGCCUUGCUCGGGAAGGAGGGCGCGAUGGCUUGCACCGUGGCUGUGGAAGAAUCAAUAGCACAUCACUAUAACAACCAGAUCAGGACAUUGAUGGAGGAGGAUCCUGAAAGAUAUGAGGAACUUCUUCAGAUAAUAAAGAAAUUUCGGGAUGAAGAGCUUGAGCACCACGAUACAGGCCUGGAGCACGAUGCGGAAUUGGCUCCAGCCUACACCCUUCUGAAGAACGUUAUCCAAGCUGGAUGCAGCGCAGCGAUAUAUUUGUCAGAAAGGUUUUAAA